UAUGGCAACAGCCAAGAAGAAAGGACCUGAGUGGAGAGACAGGAAAUGAUGUGAUGCGGAGUUUUUUUUUCCUCUGGCCGUUUGCUUUCGUUUUUCCCUGGCGGCAGAAAGUCCUCCUGGCUUCCUUGGCAGGCCUGGGAGUGAGGGGCGAUGGCUGACCAGCUGCUCCUGAAUGUGCGGACAGAAUUCGUGGCGCGCGUGACCAAGUCAGUGAUCUCUGGGCUGCUAGACGACCUGUUGGACCAGAGGGUGCUGCACCUCGACGAGGUGGACGAGGUACAGGAUAAAUACACAGUGCGCGCCGACAAGGCCCGCUGUCUCAUCGACAUCGUGCGCCUGAAGGGCCCCAGGGCCAGCCAGAUCUUCAUCGACAGCCUCAAGAAACGCGAUGGCACCUUGGCGGAGCAGCUGGGUCUGGCCACUCAGCAGGGGCCCCCGGGUGAUCAGCUGCCCCACCCUGAGCCCUCCGUCGGCAUCCAGGGCCAGCAGCAGUGGAUCCAGCAGUGCUCCCUGAGCGAGUACCAGCGCAUCAGGGACAAAGAGGGAGACCAGAUCUAUCCCAUCCACCUACCGCGUGAGAUGCGAACCCGUAGAGCCCUGAUCAUCUGCAACAUUGAAUUUGAGCACUUGAGCUGGCGGAAAGGGGCUGAAGCUGAUGUGGCGGGGAUGACAGAGCUGCUGGAAGGGCUGGGCUAUGUGGUGGACAUCCAUUGCAACUUAACUUCCCAGGGGAUGGCUUUGGUCAUGAAGGAUUUUGCGGAUCGCAAAGAGCACUGCACCUCUGACAGCACCUUCCUGGUCUUCAUGUCCCACGGGGUCAGGGCUGGGCUCUGUGGGACUGAGAGCAGAAAUGAGACCACAGACAUCCUUUCCCUUGACACCAUCUAUGAGACAUUCAACAACAAGAACUGCCGUGCGCUGUUGGGCAAACCCAAAGUGGUCAUUAUCCAGUCCUGCCGUGGAAGAAAAGUAGGGUCUGUGUGGAUGAGCGACUCCAGUGACCCUGCCGUGCCCACUCCCACCGAGGCUGACAGCCCUGCAGGGCUGGAAGAUGAUGCAAUGUUUCAAGUCCACCUGGAGAGUGAUUUUGCAACUUUACAUUCCUCCACUCCUGACACUGCCUCCUGGAGAGACGAAAAAAAAGGCUCCGUUUUCAUCCAGCGCCUGAUAGAGCAGUUUCGAAACCACGCCUGUAACAGCGACUUACAGGAGAUCUUCCGAAAGAUCCAAUAUUCCUUUGGACGAUUCCCUCGCCAGUUGCCAUCACAAGAACGGUCUACCAUGCUCAGGAAGUUCUACCUCUUCCCAGGCCACUGAUCUCCUGCCCAUGGUGAAAAAGUAAUACACUGGCAGCACAAGUGUUUGAAUUUGGGAUAACACAGCAGAAAGCUCAAGGCGAACACAGCCCUGCUCCAGAGAGACGCACUACUUCAGCAGGGAAAGGACAAGAGGAAAAGCCAAGACCAGCUCUGCAGAAACGCAGUCAAUCUCCACACCAGCUACUCGUGCCCCUCUGCCAGGCAAUCCUAAACCUGGAAUAAAACAGUCCUCGGU